UUCCCUCUGCUUUGGAGGCGGGGUAUCGAUCCAUUCGGAUGUCGUUCGAGGCGGGAUACCCAGGACGGGGCGGCUCGGCUGGAUCUUGGUAUUCAUUUGGACGAUCGAUGGCAAGCGCUGGGGAAAAAAUCUGAUCCCGAUGUUGCAAUGGUGGCGCAGCACCGACGUGAAACUUCCGCCCAAGAGCGGAGUCGUAUCCCCAGACCCCAUCAUCCUCCCAGAUCAAACUUAGCCAGCGCACCACAAUGUUCACAUCGGCAGCGGAUUUCUCAACGUAUCAUUUGCUCGACAGCCUUGAUUCUGAUGAAUCAGACGUCGACCCUACUCAGGAACCGCCAAUCGAAGAACGAGAAAAGCCCCCCGCUCCAUUGAUCGAGUGUCCCAAGACACCCACUGUGCUUCCGGCGCCACAAGCUCAGUGCAACCGUUCGGCCCGAAGGGAGCAAGGAUCGGUCAAGAAAAAGCAAUCCGGAUCCAUCGGUCGUGGAUCGAGUCGCAAAACGUCAAUUUCUCGCUGCAAAGCCGGGUACCUAAAGCUCGCCUCAAUGUUCACUUCACCACCGAAGCCACCGAGUACCCUCUUGUGGCACACGAUCAUCAGCGAUCAGACGCCCUCUGUCACACUCAGCAGUGACGAUGGCAUCAUUCACUCCUGGUCGAUCUCAAGCUAUAUCAGCCCGGUUACAUUACUGAACCGGAUUGCGAACGAAGCAUUGGCAGAUGAAGUUCAAUUUGCUGGCGUUAGCGUCGCAUUGUUCAACUACGCCAGCUUCCUGUGUGUGCUCGAGUGCCUCCAUGAAGCCAAGCGCAACCCACGCUUGUUUGCGCUCUCGUACACCAUCCCAGAAUUGCGCGACGGUGACGAUAAUGUCGUUGACCUGGAUAGGAUCGGCUACAACAUGGGCGGUGAUUACCAGCUCGUCUACCCAUACUCCGACCAAGUCCGACGUCACCAUCCAGCCAUUAUUGCUUGCGCCAAGGUUUUGUCAAUGUCAACGGUGGCUGGGACGCUCGACCGACAAACGACGGACCUAGUACAAUGGCUUGCCAUGCCAUGCAACCUCCCCUGGGUAGUCUAUGUCCUGGAUCGAGUCCGCAAUCUACUUCGAUUUGUGAUCGUCCUCUCGGAAGUCGAGAUCACCGAAGAUCUAAAGAGGCGUAUCAUGGCUAUUUACACAACCAAGCGCAACAAUGUACUUGGUUUGUUCGGAAUCGAUACUGACGAGACACAAGAGUCCAUUCAGAGGAAGACAAAGCUCUCACCCCAGAGCAAGUCUUACCUUUGCGAAGAAUUAGCGGGCUUCACACCGAUGGGUAUGGAUUUCACCUUCAACGCCCGUCUGUACGUCCCGUUCGACGAAGUGCCCCUGUCCGUCUACAUCCCAUUCACCAACGGUGUCAAUCGAGUCGAAUCAGUCCGGUAGCCUUUCGUCUACCCGAAAAAUCUACAACACCGGUCGUCACAAGGACACAACGCACAUAAGCACCGUCGGCAAGGAUGGAAGUGUUACUGCGCUGAACUUUAAGGACUGGCAGGCGGUAGUGGAGGAUAUUGGCAGCUGUGACGACCCGGUCCGUUAUACAGCCCCCGCAGACUCGCCACAGAGCUACACCAAAAUUACGAUUCAUAGCGCGGGCACUUAUGUAUUUGAGAUCGCAUACUUGCGUAUCAUGGUAGACAUGAUCCGCGCCCCUUUCAUGUUGUUCCCCUGCGCUGAAGAGCAAUAAAGAAUUUCUCACCCAUAUAGUAUAUCGA